AUGAAGUGGGAUAAGCUCUGGGUAGCUGAAAAAGCCCACACCUUGGUGGCUGAGGGCGCCAUAGUGGGUCGUAAAGCUUCACUAGAAGCCAUAUUGAGGGAAAGAGAGUUAAAAAUAGCUCCAUUCUUCACUCAGGUACUUUAUUCAAAACGGAUGCGAAACACUCAAAUGUCGGUGCAACCGAACAGUCUGCCUGUGGAUUACUUAAGCGUGCAUGAAGUGCAUGAAGCAAGUAGGUGCUCUUAUUUUGCUACACAACCAGGGCAGCUGCCGUGUAUGGAUGCCUGGGACGUAGCCAGAGUUAGGUGCUGUCCCCUAGUGGUAUGUACUGCCUACUGGUGGUAUGUGUUGCUUACUAGUGGUAUGUGCUACAACUUACAUACACUCUCGCUUAGAUAG